AUGGAAGCAGAGGACAGCGCGUCUAAUAUGGAAUCGACCUCCCGUUUGCGGGACACGCUGCUUAAACUCAGUGAUGAAAACGUCAAACUCAAGGCGAUGCUCGAUUUGUCGAACGAUAAAAUCAGGCAUCUGCUGAAGAACCAGUCUCGCGUAGAAUCUUUGGAGAAACUACUUGAAGAAAGAGCAAAUGAGGUUCAUUCUUACAAGCAGCAGUUGUUGCGACUGCUUUCAACCAGGACCGAAGGCGUAGUCGCUGAAACUUCAUCGUCGUCCGACCAUAUAAACGUUGAUCUACACGCAACUGCCGCCAAACUUUUGCAAGACAACCUGAAACUUCGCAAAGAGUUGGUGGGCGUUACGCCGGAUCGAUCGGCUGACCGUUCGUUUGCUCACUGCAACCAAUGUACUACGCUACGAAGGCAGAAGGACAGACAGGCGCUGUACUUCGAAAAGAAGCUUUUGCACCACCGAAAACUGGAGCGAAAAUAUCAACUGACGCUGAAAGUUUUAGAAGAACACGUUCAAGAGUUGAAGAAGAUGAUGGAUCAAAUGGAAAAAACUUAUCAAGUAAGUUACUAUAAUUAAUU